AAAUGCAUUAACCAUAAAAGUUACAGUGUGAAGUGUUUUGUAAGAGCAAAUAGCUGGAAACAUAUGGGGAAGAAGCAAACUUUAAUAACACACGACAUAAUCAUCAUGCAGUAACUGUUGUCCUUUUAAACAAACACCUCAACUCUCCACAUCUCUCACAAUUCUACACUUUCCAUCUCUCUCUCUCUCUCUCUCUCUCACUCAUUAUUUUUUUAAUAUAGAUUGGUCAACUCUUUAUGUUUGCUUGCUGCUCCACCUAAUGCUUUUACUACAACGUUCUUUUCUUCUUCCUAUAAAUACACUCUCUCUUCCUCUCCAUUCUAUCUUCCCUCACCUUAUUGUUUCACACACAGCAAAAUUCCAGACAUCUUAGUUUUCCAAUGUGAAAUACUAUAUGACAAAAAACCUUGUAGUUUGUAGAAACUAAUUAACCUAAAUUAAUUCACAUCAUGUCUGAUUCUUUCUGUAGUUUUCUCUCUGCUACUCCAAAUUCCAACCAUAAUUCUCAUGCACCUCCAAAACUCUCUUCCAUAGUUCAACCUUAUUGUCUUUGCACCCAUUGUAAUCAUCUCCUCCCCUUCAAUCACCACGCCGGAACAUUUGACUGCAGAGGCGCGGACCAAGGAACGAGCAAUACUAUGCAGCCACAGCAAAGCUCAAGGUGGAGUCCAACACCGGUUCAAUUACUAGUCCUUGAAGAAUUAUAUAGGAAAGGCAUGAAAACACCAUCAGCUGAACAAAUCCAGCAAAUAGCUUUGCAGCUUCGUCAAUUCGGGAAGAUCGAAGGGAAAAACGUGUUCUAUUGGUUUCAGAAUCACAAGGCAAGAGAGCGGCAGAAGCGUCGCCGCCGGGAGAUGGAGGAAACAACUGGUUCUUCAACUGAAGAUAAAAAAGAGAAAGACAAGUACGUUAUGAGCAACUCAGAAGCUGCAGGAUUGAAAGAGACAGGUAGUGGAGUUAAAGAGACAAAGAAGUGGGCAACCACUUCAAACUGCAGUGAACAAGCAGAGGAAAUAGCAGAAAAAGGAUCAAUACAAGUUUUGAGGAAAAACAUAGCUGCAGAAAGUGAAGGAAAGUGCCAAAAUAUUGAGAUUCCUUAUUACUUCACACCUUUUACUUCACCAGCAUAUAGAACAUGUAGUAAUAGUAUUAGUAACACACCUCAAAGCUAUGAUUUAUUACCAUUUAACAAAGAAAAUUUCAACUAUUAUGAAGAAGAAAAUGCAGCUCCUAGGACACUUGAUCUUUUUCCGGUUAAGGAGGAUGAACAAGAUGGAAAAUCUAUGUUGUGUGUUAAUGAUUCUAUGGAGACUGAAAUUGCUUCUUCCUCCAACCAGUUUUUUGAGUUUCUUCCUUUGAGAAAUUGAAGUAGCUAGAGAAAUAUUAAUCUAUGUAAUUUUAGAAUAUUUGGAGUUUGAAAUUGGAUGUGUCUGUAGUGAAAAAUGACAAUAUAUUUUUUGGUUUCAGUUUCUAUCUUGAAGUGAGUGAGUGAGUGAUCAUGCAUGUGUGUUAAUGUAAGUGUUGUACAUUUGAAUGUCAGUCACUAUAUCAUCAUCGCGUAUGAAAAUGUCAACCAUGCCCUUUAUUAAGG